CAAAUUCCUUCCAUCCAUGGCAGAAACGAUGAGCUUCUUCAUUCUCCCGCGGGAAUGACAUUGCGUUGCAGAUCUUUUCUUUGAUCUCAUCCAUCGUUUUCUCUCUCUACUCUUCAGGUAUGUAAUUGCUUCAUUGCCGCCAUCCACCUGCCGAUCUGUUCACGCUGUUUGGAUCUCUCUGAUUUCGGUUCUUCACAAAAAUGGCUGCCGGGACCAAUAGCCAGCAAAGUUUUAGGAACGCGAUUAAAUCUAUCAUUAAGGAAUCUACAUCAGUGAAUAGUCAAUAUAAGCACAUAAAAGUCACCAUUAUUAAAGCCACAAACCACCUCGAAUCGUUGCCCAAAGAGAAGCAUGUACGAACUCUACUUGCCGCCGUCUCUGGUUCAAGACCUCGAGCUGAUGUUGGUUAUUGUAUUCAUGCACUUAAAAUGCGUCUUGCACAGGCAGAUUCUUGGGUGGUUGCGCUGAAAAUUUUGAUUGUUGUACACCGUGCAUUGAGGGAGGUUGAUCGUUCAUUUCUCGAGGAACUAAGUUUCCAUAGCAAACACAGACGCCACAUGUUCAAUUUAUUACAUUUCAAGGAUAAAACAAGCCCCUCUACAAUGGACUAUUCCGCAUGGAUCCGUACAUAUGCUCUAUAUAUUGAGGAGUGUCUGCAAUGCUUCCGUGUCCUAAAAUACGAUUUCUAUAGUGAUCCUACGAGAACAAAGAACCUUGACAUUCCUGCCUUGCUUGAGCAGUUACCGGCUUUGCAACAGCUUCUUCUUCGCCUUCUCUGUUGCCAGCCAAUUGGAGCGGCUACAUACAAUUACAUGGUUCAGUUUACCCUUUCAAUGGUUGCAGCAGAGAGUGUGAAGCUCUAUGUGGCAAUAACAGAUGGUGUACUGAUCUUAGUUGACAAGUUUUUUGAGAUGCAACGCGGAGAUGCUGUGGCAGCGCAUGCUAUAUACCGGAGGGCAGUGGAACAAGCGCAGAGAUUGUCCGACUUCUUUGAGAUGUGCCGUAGCCUUGAAUUUGACCAAACACAGAAGUAUGUCAAAAUAGAACAGCCGCCUGCAUCGUUUCUCACGGCUAUGGAAGAGUACAUAAGGGAUGCUCCGCAAACAAUAAUCCUUCCUUGGACAUCGAAUGACGAUGGACGUGUUGCUCCAAAACUGAUUGCUAUUCCUGAUCCUAAGCAAGCCGCUUCGGAAGAAGGAUCACACUCAUCCGAUGAAUGCGAGGAGGAGGCCGCUACCAAAGCUGACAAGCGCGAUAAGGCGGCUCCACCACCCCUGAUACCUGAUCUUCUGAGCUGGGACGAGCCGAGUGAAGAAGCACCGGAAUCAAUGGCUGCGCCAGAAGGAUCGUCCAACGCCACAGGAGACUCGCACGUCUCAACUGAUGCAACUGGCUGGGAGCUUGCUUUAGCUACACCACCACCUUGUGGUUCAGCUCCAUUCACACUCUGCAAGGGCGGUGUGGUGGACAGAUCAGUGCUGGACAGUUUAUACGAAACAGCACUAACAAAGCCACCACCAAGUGCAAAUGGAGCUCCUUCUCAGACACCUAAAGCUUCUUCUUCUGCAAAUCCUUUCGAAGCCGAUGAUCACGUUCACGAUCCCAACAUUUUCUACAGUGGAUACAAUCACAACAUGUUUCUCUAUCCAAAUCCAAGCCCCGCAGCGCAGCAGAGUUUCAUGCAGCCACCACCAUUCAUGCAGCAGCACCACAUGGUGGUCCAUGAUUACAUGCAGACGGCCGGCGCCGCCGUUCCUCAACAGCUGCAAGAAUUCGCAAAGCAAAACUAUCAUCAGCAGCGAUAUCUGCAGAUCGCCGGAAUCCACCACCAGCCACCACCACUUGCGCAGCAGAACUACCUGCAAGGACAAGUCCCGGUGCCGCCGCCGCCGCAGCAACAGAAACCAAUCGUGGGGCAUUUUUCGAAUAUCAGCUUUGGGAACCCGUUUAUGGAGCAAAGCUCGUUGCCCGUCGUAGCUCAAAACCGGUCUUCCAGCUUCAAUUUACUCUGAAGUAUAUACUACAAGAAAACAUGCCAGACACAGACGAAAUUUUUUAUUUUACGAUGAUUUUUUUUUUUUACCGACGAAAUUUUCCGUCGGUAUCCAACCAGUAUAUAACGUCGAAAUGAAGGUGAAUAAGUGAGGCUGCAUUGUUGAUUUGUUUUGGUAAGCUUUGAUAUUUAGUGGCAAAGCUAAGCACAUUGUACUCAUGUGGUACGCGUAGUGUAACCGAUUUCUUUUCUGCGAUAAUAAAGAUAGUGAUGAGCAAUAAAAUAUCUUCUCAAAUUAUAA